CUUCAUCAAGAAACAAUGACAAUAGGUUCUGAAGCUUCCAAGAGCUUGAACGAAAACACAAAGUUCUUGGAUAGUAUUUUUGAAGGAGUGGAUCCCUUGUCACAAACUUCAUAUGUUCAUCCGCCACCAAAGAUAGAAGAAAUCAAUAAUGAAAUAAGCGAAGAAUUGCUUACCCCUUCUAAUAAAUUGUCUUGGGACUUAUUAGACUUGGUUCAAUCUUUGCCUACAGUCAACAAAGAUAAGAUCUUCGAACAACUAUUGAUAAACCCAAAGCCCAUCAAUCGUACCUCUAUACGUUUUAAAAGGUCUGGUUUAUCAGGAAAGAUUGAUGGAUACAAGGAAGAGUUCAAGCUUGACCUGGUCGAUAACGCUACAUCUGGGAAUUCUUUAUCAUUGAACAGAAAAUUCGGAUCCAAGAGUGAUGCUUUGAGAGGUAAGUCAACAUAUCUUCCUUUUCAACCAGGAGGAUUGCUUAAUCAAGGCAAAGUGGAAGCAACAACAGCAGAUAAAAAGGAUACUUCUUUCUUACACAGAAGUGAAAUGGGACUUUACGAUAUGCCUCAAGGUUUAUCCAGAGGCCUUGAAUUAGUAGCUGAGUCAGAUUCCAAAACUGAGGAUAUUAUAAAUUUAGAUCAGCAUGGAGAAGAAGUAGAUCAAGAUAAUGCGCAAGAUAAUGAAUUGAAUAAUACCAAUCCUAUUAACAAUGAUCAAAUAACUGCAUCUGAACAACCAUCAAAGAGAGGUAAGGAUGUACCCUUUGAGUCAAACGAAAUAGAUGGAAUUGUUCCAAUUGACUAUUUGAUGGUAAAAAAUAACUUAGCCCAAGCUACAGAAAUCAAAAAAAACUGGGCUCAUGUUGUUGAUUUAGACCAUAAAUUAGAAAACUUUCAUGAAGUUGUCCCAAAUAUGGCUAGAGAAUGGCCAUUCGAACUAGAUACUUUUCAACAAGAAGCGAUCUAUCAUUUGGAACAAGGUGAUUCAGUUUUCGUUGCUGCUCACACAUCUGCAGGUAAAACAGUCGUGGCAGAAUAUGCAAUUGCAAUGGCUACAAGAAAUAUGACUAAGGCUAUCUAUACUUCACCCAUUAAAGCAUUAUCUAACCAAAAAUUUAGAGACUUUAAAGAAACGUUUAAAGAUAUUGAUGUUGGUUUGAUUACAGGUGAUGUUCAAAUAAAUCCAGAAGCAAAUUGUUUAAUUAUGACAACGGAAAUCUUAAGGUCUAUGUUAUAUAAAGGUGCUGAUCUUAUUAGAGAUGUGGAGUUCGUAAUUUUCGAUGAGGUUCAUUAUGUUAAUGAUAUUGAUCGUGGUGUCGUAUGGGAAGAAGUAAUCAUUAUGUUGCCAGAGCAUGUAAAAUAUAUUCUAUUAUCAGCAACAGUCCCAAAUACCUUUGAGUUUGCAAAUUGGGUGGGUAGGACUAAGCAGAAAGAUAUGUACGUUAUUUCAACUCCCAAAAGGCCUGUUCCUCUUGAAAUUUCUAUCUGGGCUAAAAAUGAUUUAUAUAAAGUAAUUGACUCUAAGAGACAAUUCUUAGAAGCUAAUUUCAAGAAACACAGAGAAGUCCUUGAUGUUGGUAAAAAGGAAGCUCCAAACGUAGUCAUGGGUUCAGGCUCUCGUGGUGGACCAGGGGGUACUGCUAGAGGUGGUAACAGAGCUCGUGGUGGAAGAGGAAGCCGUGGAGGUGGACGUGGAGGUGGACGUGGAGGUGGAAACUUCAGUGGUAGAAGUGGCCCUAAUAAGAAUACCUGGCUUCACUUGGUACAGUAUUUACAAAGACAAAAAUUACUUCCUGCAGUUAUAUUCGUUUUCUCUAAAAAGAGAUGUGAAGAGUAUGCUGAUACAUUAAGAAGUGUUGAUUUCUGUACAGCCAAAGAAAAAUCAGAAAUUCAUAUGUUCAUUGAUAGAGCUGUGUCUCGUUUGAAAAAGGAAGACCGUGAAUUACCCCAGAUUCUCAAGGUAAGAGAAAUGCUUAGUCGAGGCGUUGCAGUCCAUCAUGGUGGUUUACUACCAAUUGUAAAAGAAUGUAUUGAAAUAUUAUUUGCCAAAACUUUGGUCAAAGUUUUAUUUGCAACUGAAACUUUUGCCAUGGGUUUGAACUUACCAACUAGAACUGUUGUUUUCAAUGAGUUGAGAAAACAUGAUGGUAGAGGUUUCAGGAACUUACUUCCUGGUGAAUUCACCCAAAUGUCAGGGAGAGCAGGUAGAAGAGGUUUGGAUGCAACUGGUACUGUUAUAGUAAUGACAUUCAAAGAUCCGCUUUCACCUGCAGAUUUCAAAGAAGUAACUUUAGGAACACCAACAAAAUUGCAGUCACAAUUCAGAUUGACAUAUAAUAUGAUUUUGAAUCUUUUAAGAAUUGAAGCACUUAGAGUUGAAGAAAUGAUCAAGCAUUCUUUUAGUGAAAAUUCUACACAAACAUUGUUGCCUGAACAUCAAAAGAAAGUUGAAUCUCUUUCGGAAGAACUAAAGAUUGUAAACCAAGAAGAUGAAAAAUACGGAGAUUUAACUGCAACCCGUGGUGUUUUUGAAGCACUCAGGGAAUAUGAGACAGCUUAUUCAGACUUGGUCCAAGAUAUAUUGGGUCUUGCAGCUAGUAGACAGACGAUAUUCAAAUUAGGUCGUCUCAUUGUUUUCAGAGCUGCAGACGGUGUCCUCAGAUUUGGUUUUUAUGUCAAGGCUGAUAUGACUGCUAAAACUUUACUCUUACUUACUUUUGACCAUGGUGCAGAGUAUGAAAAGCAUAGUAAAGAAUUUCAAUUACCUUACGUGCCAUAUAAACCUUACUUACAAAAGAGUAUGAAAUUAAUCAAGUUCAGGGGCAACUUAAAAGUUGAAGCUGUUCCAUAUAAUAAGAUCAACUUCAUCAGUAGAUACUCAUUAAAAGCUCGCAUACAAGGAAUCUUACAGGAUAACAAAGAAUCUGUAAAUGAAGCAAUUGAACAAAUAAAAGUGGUGAUUAGAUUCCAGAGUAAGUUAGAGGAAGUUGGCUUUAACCAAACAAUCCUGGUUUCCUUGCAUGAGAUUUUAGAAAAGAAAAAAGGCUUAAUAGAAAUUUUGAAAGCAUCCGAUGCUUAUUUGCAGCCUAAUUUUGAAGAGCAGUACUUGCAUUUGCAUAAACAAAAUGAUUUGAAACAAAAUAUUGAGGCAUUGCAGUCGUUGAUGUCUGAUGAGAACUUGGAAUUAUUACCUGAUUAUGAACAGCGUCUUGCAGUAUUACAUUCAUUAGGAUUCAUCGAUGAAAAUCAAAAUGUUGUUUUGAAAGGUAGGGUAGCUUGUGAGAUUAACUCUGGAUGGGAAUUGGUUUUGACGGAACUAGUCUUGGAUAACUUCUUGGGUGAUUUUGAACCAGAAGAAAUUGUUGCUUUAUUGUCUUGUUUUGUUUACGAGGGUAGAACGAACGAUGAAGAAGCACCGCUCUUGACUCCACGUUUGGAAAAGGGUAAAGCCGAAAUCCUGAAAAUUACUGAAAGACUUAUGCGUGUUUAUGCCAAUCACCAAGUUAUACUUACAUCAGAAGAACAGGAAUUCUUAGAAAGGAAGCGGUUUGCAUUGGUAAAUGUUGUAUAUGAGUGGGCUAGAGGUUUAUCAUUCAAUGAAAUCAUGCAAAUAAGUCCGGAAGCUGAAGGUACCAUCGUGAGAGUUAUUACAAGAUUGGAUGAAAUAUGUCGUGAGGUUAGAAACGCUGCUUUAAUUGUCGGUGAUUCACAAUUACAUUCUAAGAUGGGUGAAGCACAAGAAAGAAUUAAAAGAGAUAUUGUAUUUUGUGCAUCUCUAUACUUGUAGAGUUAUAUAAAUAUCAUUAAAAUAGAAGAUAAUAU